AUGUCGCUUAUUGCCGCUCGUCCAGCUCGUCCAGCUCGUCCAGCUCGUCCAGCUCGUCCAGCUGAAGAGUGGGGUCUGGGCAUUGCUGAACAGCUGCGCAAAGAGCUCACCAAGCGCGGUCUCGCAUCUGACGGCUUCAAGAAGGUCAUGGCGGCACGUCUCGUGGCUCACGAUGCAGGGCUGCAUCCACCGCCGCAGCAGCACCAGCAACAGCAGAACCCCAACUCCUCAUCUUCUGCAGGGCCACCGCCAGCACCGCUAGCACUGCCAGCAGCACCAGCAGCAGCAUCAGCCAACACGGGCAACAACAGCGUUGCGAGCACCAGCAGCAGCAACAGCGACCCGAGCAGCUCAGCCGCCGGAUUGACCGACGAUGCACCGCCUCCACCGGCCGAAGGCACAACAUUCAUCUUUUCCAGUGAUGAAGUGAAAAACUUCACAAUUCCGGACGAGAUCAACAGGUUGCUGCGGGUUCAUGGCAAUAGCGUAGAAUUGCUCGAUCGCAAAAUUUCGAGCAACAUUUUUGAAGAUCUGUUGGCGUCAGGCCGAGCACCGGAACCUCGCUACCUCAGCGGUGUUGGUGGUGUCGGCAAAAGCAGUAUUCUGCUGAUGAUGGUCGUGCUGGCGAUGCGCCAUAACAGGGCCUUCUUCGAGCGUUUCGCUGCUGCUCCUGCUCCUGCUCCUGCUCCUGCUCUCGCUCCCGGUUCUUUCGAUGGUGCCAUCUUUCUCAUCUACCUGCCCAAGACUGGUGCGUUCUGCCACGAAACUUCUGAAGUUGCGGCUUCUCAACUGAUCGGCGAUUUGCGAAUUGCCAACCGCCGUCUGUUGCGCUCGGGCUUGCUUGACGAGCCCGCGUUUGAGUUACUCAAGGAUGCGUUUGUGCACCGCAAGACCUCGUCCGGGCAUUUUGAGUCCGCACUGAACCAAUGGGGUCGCAUCAAUGCUGCGUUGGUUGGCCUCGAGUCCCAAAGUCACCGUUUCCGCACCCUCGUCCUCAUCGACCAGUGGAAUUCGAUCAUUCAUGCGAAAGCCCUUCCCGUUGGUGACGAGGACCAGCUCAAGGCAGACCAUCCGGCUCAAGCCUUCUACAGACUCAGCACACGCUUCGGUUUCUCGCUUUUCGUUGCUGCAGUCAGCUCCUCGCCCAGGAUGGACUCAUCCAACGCUCUCAGCGGCUCGCAAUGUGGUGGAGCUGAACAACCAAUCGAGUUCCUGACUGAUGAAGAAGCCGAAACGUUGCGCGCGAUUUGGUACUACCGCAGUCCACCCUUCAGAAUCACCGCCGCCAGUAUGAAACGGCUUCACCUGAAAUUCGGUGGCGUCGCGCGCAUUUUGCAGUAUUAUGCAACAUCCCAGUCCCACAAGAAUCCAGAAGCAGAGUUUCGCCGACUGUGCGAGCAAUAUUACGACCACCGACUCGAUCGCCUUAUUGAGCGCCUUCGUCCCACAACGGAAUUCACCAGCCUUGUUUGCGACCUCGCCACGAUUGUUGCGCGGACAAGCAUCCCCGAGAGGACACCCGAGGUUUGGCUGCAGACCGGCUUGGUGAAGCAAGAUCCAACUGAUCAAAGCCAACUCGUCCCGGUCAGCGAUCUGGUUCGCGCCGCGGCUGUGAGGCGCUUCAACGCCGAGCGAGCCAACCUGAUGCGCAUUGUGUUUGACAACCCAGCCACGACUUGGAGCGCACUCGAGAUUUUCGUCCUCUCCUGCCUUCAGUAUGCGAGUCAAACGUUGAAGGGGACAGACCUGUCGGACGAGUCGGUCCUAGAGCUGACCACGACUGUCGACAACGUGCACGUGCUCGACCGGUCAAUCACGAAUCUUGGCGCGAAAAAUUAUCUCGCUGCUUUCAACGGCGAUCAGCCUUUCCCGGUCGGCACACUGCUCAUUCCUGGCUGGCCCAACCAUCCCGUUGCCGAUGCAGUCUUGCUGACGCGUCAAAACGAUGACUCGAACGUCUUGAUCUUUUUCCAAAUCAGCAAAUCUUCGUACGCCGAUCACCAGACCAAAGUACCAAACUUGGUUUCCAACAAAAUCGGCAACGCAUCCGUUCUGGCAGUGUACCGCGAGCUGUUUGGCCUCCCGAACAAUGUUGACUACAACCCGCCAUCCAUUGCUCAAGGCAAGCUCGACGGUACCCUUGUCAAGUAUGUGUACGCCACCUUGGACGAGAGCACGGCUGAACCGGAUCACGACGUUUUUCUGAUGCGCGAGGCGCAUGUCAGAGAGCUGGAUUCCGAAGCAUGGGCCGCAAUGGCUGGGGUCGAGCCCUAA